CCAGGGAUUAGUUGAGCCUCAUCAUCCGCGGGAAAGGAGCCAACGGAAAAGGUCUUCAUAAGGGCCGCUGAACAGAUUGCCGGGCGACCAUCGGAAUCGUACGCCUAACCAACCAGUCCAAACACUCAUAAUUUCGCACAAAACAUGGCUACCACAUGCUUGUCCUACCACCCUACGGAAUUAGACGCUGUCCGCUUUUGGGCAAAGCAGCAUGGCAAGAAAGCCACUGAGACUGAUCUCCCUACAGGUUAUCCGAGAGAGCUGCAUUCUCCGCUGGCGUGGACGCGCGCCGAAGUCGAAAAAAAGAAAUCUGAAUGGGUGCUAGAGCUCAGCAAAGAGGAUGUCAAAGAAAUCGAUGCUGCUCUUGCGAUGUUUGAAGCUCAUUCGGAUGAACUGUCCGAUAUCUCAAUUGAUACCUUCUCGCUGCCUAGCUCGCUCUCUCAGCGCCUCAAACAAGUUUCGACUCAGUGCUACACGGGCAUAGGCUUCAAGAUCGUGCGAGGAAUCGAUCCAUCCAAAUACACGCCCAAGCAAAACGCUGCCGUCUAUGCAGGUCUCGCGGCUCAUGUCGCUCCUCAAAGGGGUUUCGUGGAUCGCAGCUAUGAAGGUGUGCUUGCCCAUAUUGUGAAUGUAGCCGGAGAGAAUCCCGAAGCAGAGAGCAAGGCACCUGGGUUUACGAACACGCAUCUGUCUUUCCACUCGGACAACUGCGAAAUCAUGGGCCUUUACUGCCUCGAUACGGCGUCGGAGGGAGGAAGAACACUAGUUUCAAGCUCGUGGCAGCUGUAUAACCAGUUGGCCGCGAAGAGACCAGACGUGCUGAAAACUCUAGCGGAGACUUGGGUCCUGGAUACCUUCAAAGACUACCAAAAGUCACCACCUCUUUCCGUCCCCUUCCUGGACCGCGUUAGCGGAGAAAGUGUGCUCUUGCGAUUUUCGCGCUACCCUAUCACAGGUUGGCAGCGCAAACGGAAUCCAGCUCUACCCGCGCCCACGCAGGCUCAACUAGAGGCCAUAGACGCAGUUCAGUUUACCGCGGCCGCGAACUCGGUCCCUCUGCCCAUGGGAAAAGGCGAUAUCGUCUUCGUUAAUGAUAUGGCAAUGCUACAUGCGCGAGAAGCAUUCAGUGAAGGGGGCGAAUACAUGAAGCGCCAUUUGCUCAAGAUGUUCUUCCGUGAUCCCGAGCAGAAUUGGCAGGUCCCAGUGUCGGCCGUGGCCGGCUGGAAGAAGAUGUAUGGUCCGAAUCGUGCAGAUGGAAGUAGGCACGAGACCUGGUGCACAAGGUACGAGGCCGGGAUGGAGGAGGAAGCUCCGACUAAUGGCUAAUUGGGGAGGCGAUCUUGAAUAACCGGAUUGAACUGAAUUGCUCACUUAACGAUUGUCUAUUUGUAGUUUCCCUAUGCCUUAUGUUUCAUAAACUCGUCAAAUUUUUGAACGUACACAUGCAAUGCCAUCAUAUU